AUGGGCUUCUGAGAGAAAGGGCCGCUGCGGGAUCACCCAUUCCUCCCCUUCGGGCACCCAGCCUCUCCUUGCACCCAGUACUCUUUGUAUGUUGGGCUUUUGCCUUUCCCUUUGAUUUCUCCCCCCUCUCUCUCCCUGCCUCUGCCUCUGCACCUGUGUCUCACCGGCUCUCUUCUCGUCCUUCCUCUGCAUGUCCAGGAUCCCAGCUGGAUUUCACUCAGCAGGAAUCACCAUGGAACUGCUGACGAUGUUUGCCUUGAUACUGGUGACCGCAGCCUGGGCUGAGGAGAGGGAUAAGGUCGUGGUGGGCCAGAAUUGCGGAGUAAGAGAACAUCCCUACCAGGCUGCUCUUUUCUAUUCCAACCAUUUGCUGUGUGGUGGCGUCCUCAUACACCCCCAGUGGGUCCUCACUGCUGCUCACUGUCAAAAACCGAAACUCCAGGUUCUCCUGGGCAAGCACAAUAUUCAGCAGUGGGAGCAGAGUCAACAGCUGAGCCCAGCAGUGCAGGUUAUCCCACAUCCGGCCUAUGAUAAAAUGCAACAUGACAAUGACAUCAUGCUGCUGAAGCUGCCUCGACCCGUGGCUCUAUCUUCCCAUGUCCAGCCUCUGAAUCUUCCUUGGGAAUCAGACUGCACAGAUAAUUCCACCUCAUUUUGUGUCAUCUCUGGCUGGGGCAAGACAGACGAGGAAGGUCAUUACCCAGACACACUGCAGUGUGCCUCCAUCCACCUGGUGCCUCACAAGACCUGCCAGCAGGCCUAUCCCAAUCAGAUUACUUCCAACAUGGUGUGUGCCGGAGAAAAGGAUAGUGGAAAAGACUCUUGCCAGGGUGAUUCCGGCGGACCCCUGGUAUGUCAGGGACGACUUCGGGGUCUGGUGUCAUGGGGGGAGGUGCCCUGUGGCUCAGCCCAGAAGCCAGGAGUCUACACUGACGUGUGCCGAUACCGUGACUGGAUUCGAAGAACAAUUCGAGCCAGAUGAUCUUCAUUUGCAGUUUCUGAUCUCUGAUCCCACUGGCUGGUUCCAUGUACUUAUGCAUCAAACUUACCUUGGUCCCUUUUUUUUUUCCUCUCCUCCCACAAAUUGUACACUGAAACCAACACAUUCAAUAAACCAGAAUUGGCUGUC